CCAUUACGCAACUCACCUAUCUCCGCCCUCUGGAAUUUUUGUUUGGGUCAUUCGUUCUCCGCGUCAUUCUCUCGCCGAUCCAACGCCUCGGUUCCGCCGACCUCUUCUCAACUACUUUAUCAACACCAACCCACAUCUUUCUUUACGCCCGCGCCUGCGACAUACACAUCACCACAGUUCGACCCGCAUCGAUAUUUGCGACUUUAACACCUGGAUAUGUGUUCCGCCGACAUCUUUCUCGGCCUUCUGGCCAUCCUUUUUCCGCCUCUGCCAGUCUGGGUGAAGCGCGGCCUUUGCUCUGCCGACUCCCUCAUCAACAUUCUCCUUUGCAUUCUUGGAUAUCUGCCUGGACUCAUCCACUCCUGGUAUAUCAUCGCCCGCUUCCCUGAAGAGCAGUAUGAAUACGAGCGUGGCUACAACCGGGAUGCCGAGCGCGUGACCUACGUCUUUGUGGCCGCCAACGGUGAGAACCAAAAUUCGCGCGGCCCCGCCCGCCAGCCCCGACCCAGCGCCAACAAGUCCGGUGCUGGCCCGACAUACGGUACGACCAACAACGCCACCAACAACCAGGCCUCGAACUCGAGGCCGCCGCAGCAGACCAAUGCUGGUGAGGGUGGUAGCGAUGGAGCUGCGCCGCCGAGCUACGCUCAGGUUGUUGCUGGAGACAACAAGAUCCAGACUCAAGACUAGGCUAGUUCGGGUGCUGAGUUCAGCCCGUCUAACCUUACUGGUCUGAUGGGUUGAUAUUUGUCAUACCAAAUUGCGGAUGAUAAGCUCUUACGCAGCCAACUUCUGGCAUGCGUGUGUAUAUUUUUUAUGCGCUACUCUGCACCUUGAUAGGUCUUUUCAGGGCAUCGAGGCCAGGGAUGCGGUGGGGCCUGACGAGGACGAGUUGAAGUCAGGCCAUGUUCAAGUGUCUGUAUUCCAGUGUAGCAUUGAGAUUCCUCGCUGGAUGGGUAUUACUCCACAAGCUCAUAUUAUUAGGCCAGUCGACACGUUAACAUCACACGAGAUAUGUAAUGCAGUCCGCCGUUGAUAUAUACCAAAGUUAUCCAUACAUUGA